UUCACUGUAAAGUAAAUAUGAAACUUUUCAUGAGUCUUUUGCAAAAUUUGUCUGUGUCAUUUUCUUUAUGCAAUGUUUUACUUGUAAAAAUGCCUGACAAGCACAGAAACGUUAUAAACGGACUGAAACAGCGAAUACUGUUAUACCUCAGUGAUGAGCUGAGAGGUGAGUAGAGUUGAGAGUUCAGGUUCGACAGAGGCACUUCAUUUUGUAUCCACAACAUUCAGAUUCAUGAAUAUGUGCUGCAAGAUUCUGCAAUUUUUCUCAUCUUUUAUUGUCAUUAAAGCUGCAUGAAUGUAUUUUUGGCCACUUGGGCACAGUGGAACAAGCAGUAAAGCAGUCCACUAAAGUUAUAAUGUUAUCUUACAGUUGGAUCAUUAGCAUUGUUUACAAUAAUUUUUUCAUUCAUUAGCUAUACUGCUUAUACUUUUAGGGUUGCAGGGGUAGGCUGGAGCCAAUCACACCUGACAUUGGGCAAGGGCGGGGGAAAACAACCAUUCACACUCACGGACAAUUUAGAGUCGCCAGUUAUCCUAACUUGCAUGUCUUUGGAUUGUGGGAAGAAGCCGGAUUACCCGGAGGCAUGAAGGAGAACAUGCAAACUCCACACAGCCGGCCGGCAGAGUUCAAACCCAGAACCUUCUUGCUGUGAGUCGUCAGUGCUGACUGCUGCACCAGCAUGCUGCCUGAUUACAGUCAUGUGUCCGGCCGAUAGUCCUAUAAUCAGUCUCCUUUUAGCUCUGUUUUGGUUUCAACCAACUCCUGUGAGAAACAUAUGACUCUUAAGCGGCUAAACACUCCACUUCGUUCACCAGCUGGCCGCUAACUUCGUCUUUCUGCUGUUUGGUACUGAGUAGGUAGUGCACCAUGAGUCUAACAGUGGGUUUCACUGCAAGCUGCUCCCCUGUGUGACUAGCAAUGAGAUUGUUGAGAGCGGUGAGAGUGAACCAAACCACAAAGUGUGCUUCAAUGGCGUUGAUGGGAACUCCAGACUUCGGUGAUUAAUCUCUGUGUGUCAUCACUGCAAGGGACCCCUUAAGCAGUCAUUUGGUCCAUUGUUGACAUGAAAAUAUUGAUUAGCCCUAAACUGGAAUUUCACUGUGAGCAUGCCAACAGUUAAAGUAUGAAAUACAGGAAAAAUACAAAAUGUAUUGAACAAUCUUUUCCUGAAACAUCACAAAUUCGUUAAGCAAUUGAAUACAUCCUGUACCUCAUAAGCAACUUGAGACAUGUGGAAAGAGGAUUAUGAUGUAAAUCACUCAAAAAAAAGUCUGAUGCAAGAAAGAAGACAAUGUACACAACAGACUUAUGAAUAAAAGUCAUGUAUCAACAAGGGCCUGUCUUUUUACCGGAAUAUUCUCCCCCUCACUUAUUCACCCUCAUGACUGUAUCUUGUGCUGUUCGUUCCUGCUUUUCCUUAACAAAUGAUACCAUCAGUUUCACAACAUUUAAUGACUCUGUAUGAUCUCUGCUGUUGUCUGUUUCACACUGUCGGUGUCAGUUCUCACAGUUGCUUAGUCAAAACAUUUUACAGUCGUUAUGUCUUUUCUUCUGAUUGACCGCAGAGCUAAUGAUGCUCCUCAAGGAGCAGCAGAUGCCGUGUCAACAAAAGGGGGCACGCAUAGCUGUAUCACCUACUUUUUUUAUGCAACACUCUGCAGCUGUAGAAUACAAAAGUGUGAGAUGUGUAGGAGGAAGGACGGCAAAACCCAGUCGGCUAAGCUCAAGCUGGCUUCCUGUGGUCAGGUUUCCCCUCACAUGAUCCCUCUUACUCAAUAAUUUUUCUCUCCACACACAGCCUUCAAAGUAAAGAGAGAAACCCAUCAUAGCAGUAAAUCAGAUACAGUGUAAGAUAGAUGGAACUUUUGGUGUGAAUUUACUGUGUUGGAUUUUAAAGAGAUCUACAGUUGAAGGCUGACUCAAUCUCACAGUUGUCAAACGCCAAACUCAGAGUCUUCAGAGGUGUUCCUGAUGGCAUCCAAUAUCACUACCAUGCAGCAGCCCUCCAUGGCUCCCUUUUCUUUACCCAUCAGCGUCUCAGCCCAGGUUGGCAUCGUUAUCCUGACCCUGGCAUUUGUGCUGGGCUUCCCGGGGAACCUGUUUGUGGUUUGGUCGGUGUUCUGCCAGGUGAAGAAGCGCUCAGUGACUUGUUUGUUGGUGCUGAACCUGGCUCUGGCGGACGCUUUUGUGCUGCUCAGUGCCCCUCUUUUCCUGCGGUACCUGGCUGGAGGCCGGGGCUGGGAGUUUGGCACAGCAGCAUGCAAGCUGGUUCAUUACCUGUCCAGUGUUAACAUGUACGUUUCCAUCUACCUCAUCUGCCUGAUGAGCAUGGACCGCUGGUUGGCUGUUUCACGGCCUUUUCUGUCCCAGAGGAUGAGGACCAAGCGCUCCCUGCUGGUUCUCCUGCUGGUGGUCUGGGUGACGGCGUUCAUCCUGUCACUGCCGAUGCCUUUUUACCGCAGUAAUCUGAAGAAGACCUUCUCAUCACACAACGUCACUUUGAACUUUUGUAUCCCAUACCACUGGGGGAGCAUGGGUCAUCAAGUCUUCCAGUACAUUUUUGAGACCGUCAUGGGCUGCCUGGUGCCCUUCUCCCUCAUCAACACCUGUUACGCCUCCGUCAUCUGCCGCCUGAGAAGUGCUAUGUUCCACCGCAGAGGACAAGGCAGCCGUCUGAUCCUGAUGAUCAUUUGUGCCUUUGCAAUCUUCUGGCUGCCCUAUCACAUCGUCAAUGUCAUAGAGGUGGCUGGUAUGUUGCAAGGCAGCAAAUCAGUGACGGACGCUGCUCGUGUAGCCCGCCCAAAUGUCACGGCCUUCGCCUACUUCAGCAGUGCUGUCAACCCCAUCCUCUACGUGUUCGCCGGCAGCUCCCACAUCCGCCAGGCCGGCCUCAGCUUCAUGGGCAAACUGUUUGAGGCCACCAACUCCGAGAGCAGAAGCACGUCCUUCACCCGCAGUGGCCGCAACAGCUCCCCGGACGAGAGCUCUGCCCUGCACGCGCUGUCAGUCAAACUGGGGAAGCCUUUCAAAAGCAAGAGCAAGGACAGGAGCUACAGCGAGGCGGGAAAAGAGGCCGAGACUCUGGGCAGUGUACAGCAGCUAGAUUAGCACUUAAGCCAUUUUCCUUGGACUACUUUUGUGAAUGGAUGAAUUAGAUACAAACUACCUUGACUCAUGAUUUUGUAUUUUUGAGCUUUUCGGUCCAUAAGCUUUAUUACAUUAAGUAUUCAACUGAACAAUGUUGUUUAUCAAGGGAUGAAACAGCAUCAGGAGAGGGAUCAGCACCGUAAUGGCUUACAACUAAAGCUAUAAUAAUAUAUGCUGAUAAUUCCUGAAUCAUUAUCAUUUGUUUUUAUAUUUCAUAUAUUUCCUGUCAUAUUUUUUUCCAGUCAUUUUUAAAAAAAAUAAUGUUUGGUUUUCUAUAGCAGUGUCUUUAUGUACAUUAUCGUUUAUAAUGUAAAUUAUCACAUAUAUAUUUUUUAAAAUGUUAUGCUAUGGUUUCAACACCUAGCGCCUUUAUUUAAAUCAUUUUGUUAUGUCUUGUGUAACUGGCCUCAAAAUGUUUAUGGCCACUUUGUAGUCAAAAAAUAAAUAAAUAAAAUUUGUCAAAUGAA